CUUUAAUUACACCCAUGCUGCUUCACAUUCUUCACAAUUCUUGAGUCCAACACAUACACAUUCAGAUGGCUGCAACACCAGGACUGGAGCAUUCUAGGAAGGCUUUUGGAUGGGCUGCUAGAGACAAAUCUGGGUUUCUCUCCCCCUUCGACUUCACCAGAAGGGAAACAGGAGAGAAAGAUGUGGCAAUCAAAGUGUUAUUCUGUGGUAUAUGCCACACUGACCUCCACAAUAUUAAGAGUGAAUGGGGUCAGUCCUUUUAUCCACUGGUACCCGGGCACGAGAUUGCAGGUGAAGUGGUAGAGGUUGGAAGCAAGGUAGAGAAGUACAAAGUGGGAGAUAGGGUGGGUGUGGGGUGCAUGGUUAAUUCCUGCAGGUCGUGCAAGAGCUGCGAUGAAAAUCUUGAGAAUUACUGUUCAAAAAUGGUUCUGACGUAUGGAGGGAAGGAUAUUGAUGGGAGCAUCACACAAGGAGGCUACUCUGAUCUGGUGGUUGUAGACGAACACUUUGUGAUCAGCAUUCCUGACGGUCUACCUCUUGAGGCUGCUGCACCUCUCUUAUGUGCUGGGAUCACAGUGUAUAGCCCUCUCCGAUAUUUUGGAAUUGGCAAACCAGGCCUACAUGUGGGUGUGGUUGGUCUUGGUGGCGUUGGCCACAUGGCGGUUAAGUUUGCCAAAGCUUUUGGGGCUAAGGUCACUGUAAUCAGCACAUCUCCAAACAAAAAGAAGGAAGCUAUUGAGCAUCUUGGAGCUGACACAUUUUUGGUCAGUCGUAAUCAAGAGGAGUUGGAGGCUGCAAAGGGCACCCUGGAUGGUAUAAUAGACACAGUGUCUGCAGUUCACUCUCUGGUCCCUCUGAUUGAUUUGUUGAAGACUGGUGGGAAACUUGUCAUAGUUGGUCUGCCCGAUCAUCCUUUGGAGCUUCCAAUCUUUCCUAUACUAGCAAGAAAGAGUGUAGCUGGCAGUUGCAUUGGAGGAAUAAAGGAGACUCAAGAGAUGAUUAAUUAUGCUGCCAAAUACGAUAUACAGCCUGACAUCGAGAUCAUUCCUGUAGAUUAUGUAAACACGGCAAUGGAGCGUCUCCUCAAAGCAGAUGUCAAAUAUCGAUUUGUUAUUGACAUUGGGAAGACACUGAAGCCCAGCUCUUAAAUUUCAUAAUCCAUGUUGCAGAGGAGAAUUAUGUAAAAGGAUAUGGUUCUUGCUUUAAAUAAGGAAUAUGUCUAUGUUGUCAGUUUGAUUGGAUGUUUUACUGUGUGCUUUUGGAUUUAGGCGGUCGAUGGAUUGAUGUAGUUGCUAUCUUUAAUAUUAUGUGAUUAAUAAGCAUCUCUUUACUAGUA